AUGUGUGGCCCGCCGGUCGGCGCGGCGCGAGUAGCAAUGGAAAGCCCGCGCAGUGCGACCGCCGGCGCGGCGUUGUCGUUGGUCAUGAUGGCGGCGACUGCUGGCGCCUACGUCUUCUCGUACGACGCUGACAUCUUCAGGACGACGUGCGAGCUGGCGGCCACGGCGGGGUACCACUGCGAGGAGCACGCGGUGCGCACAAGGGACGGCUACCUGCUGGCCCUGCAUCGCCUGCCGCCCAGGGCGUCCGCCGGCGCGCGCCGCGGGCCCGUGCUGCUAGUGCACGGCAUUCUGGGCGCCUCCGACAACUGGAUCCUCGCAGGACGCGGCGAAGCGCUCGGUUACCUCCUGGCGGACGAAGGCUUCGACGUCUUCAUGGCAAACUUCAGAGGGAACUUCUAUUCAAGAAGACACGAAUCGCUGUCUCCCAACGAUCCUGCCUUCUGGAGGUUCAGCUGGCAGGAGAUGGGCGAGCACGACCUGCCCGCUAUGCUGGCCGCGGCGCGCCGCCUGUCGCACUGGUCCAGCGCGCCGCUAGUGGUGGCGCACUCGAUGGGCGCGGCGGCGCUCUCCGUGCUCAUGUCGGGCCCGCGCGGGGCUUCCCCGCCAGGCCCUGGCCACAGCCGCGGGGCUUCCCCGCCGGGUCACGGUCUCGCCCGCGGGGACUCCCCAGCGGCGGUGCGCGCCGCGGUCUGCCUGGCGCCCGCCGUCUUCCUGGCUCCGCCGCGCCGACCCUUCGGCCGCCUGCUGCUGGAGUACUUUCCGGAGGUGGCGAUGGCGAUGGAGCGCGUGAACAAGUUCGAACUGCUGCCCCGCACUCGUAGCAUGGCCCGCCUGUUCGAGUCUUUUUGUUCGCCACGUGCCACCACGCACAGCUACUGCGUCGCUAUCUUCUCCUACAUCAUGGGAUACGACCUGCCGCAACUGGAUCAGGAUCGACUGCCGUCCAUACUGACGCACAUCUUGUCGGGCACGUCGACACGUACUGUCAUCCACUUCGUGCAGAAUCACAAGGCCGACGAAUUCCGCGCGUUCGACCACGGGCCAGAGGGCAACGUGCGCUUCUACAACCAGAGCACGCCGCCCCGCUUCGACCUACGCCACUACGACUCCACGCCCGUAGCCGUCUUCUACGCCGACAACGACUACGCUCUCACCUUCAAGGAGGUGCAGCGCUUCUACGAGCUGCUGCCGCGGCGCAUCGGGAUGUUCCGCGUGCCUUACGACAACUUCACCCACAUCGACUUCCUCAUCGCGAGGGACCAGCGCAGGCUCCUCAACGACCGUGUCGUCGACAUACUGAAGCGUUACUGACACGACUGCUGGUCAGUACCGGCCUCGCUGGAUCACUUCGUCGUUUCGUUGCCAACAGCCGUCUAGUUAUGGAAGUAUACCAAUGAAUUCAUUCCAUCUGUAUGCAGCCGUCGUAUACGCUCCUUUGUCGCACAACAUCGUACAGUUAACGUCCAUACUACCACAGUCAUAAAGCUUUUACAGUCAUAAAGCUUUUAUCACCACAUCGGAAACAUAAAAAAACAUGAAACAUUUGAUUUAUUUAUUUGUAGGUACGUGUCCAUGUCGUUGUACGGACUGAAAUCCUAGCGUCAGAAUAGCAUGCCUGAGAAGAAUGCAUUGACUAGUUCCACCAGGAUUGGCCUGACAUAGCUGAAACAUUUCCCCUGCUGCCUAUAACGAACUAUACCAUUGUAAAUGAAAUGUGUUCGCAGUUGCGAAUAUGGACAACCAUCAGCUUUAUAAUGGAAUGACAACAAUGGAAAUUUGUGCUGGACGGGGACUCGAACCCGUAUUUCUCACUUAUCCCGAGUGGCCACCUUACCAUAAGGCUAUCCGAAUACGAUUCACGACCGGUCUCAAACUUUCUCAUGUCGUCAGUCGUGUAUAUACAGCCUGCACUAGAACAUCCAUUAUGUUUAUUCCAGUACAGGGGACACAUUUCAGUUGAAAGAAAUCCGGAUUCGACACAUAUUUUGAUUAUCGUCAUUCCAUUACACAGCUGAUGGUUGUCCACAUUCGCAACUGCAGAUAUAUUUCAUGUAUUUCAUAACGGCUGUAAUCGUCACAGUGCGUGUUCCUUCAGACACGCAUGCAUGUCCGAAGGAAUAUAGUAUUGUACUUCUGACAACACAGUCACUGGAAAAUCGUACACCAUUAUAGUCCACGUUAGCAGUGGGCUGUAUCAUUAAGUUUUACGUCUUCUGGCGUCACGCUGCCCUUCUGUGACGCGGGGUUUUUGAUGUGUACCAGGACUGCAGACAUGUAUCUACAAGCAAACAAAAAUUAAUAAAGUAAUUUAAUUUUUCAAGGUGACAGUUAAAACUUUAAACUCACCUCGUACAAGUAUUAUACGAGCACUUUUUCUUAAUAUGAGUGGACUCUGGAAAGUGAA